AAAUCACAGGUGAGAGAAAAAAGAGAGAGAAAAGAGUAUUUGAGAAGCUCAUUGCUUCUCUGAUUUUGAUGCUAGAGAGAGAGAGAGGAGAGAGAGAGGGUGUACUGUACAAGGUUCACAACACACACACACACACAAGAUAAAGACAGGAGAAGGGUCUCCAUUUCUCCCCCACUGCAUUUGGGUUUUUCCUUCAUCUCACUCAAACCACAUUUCUCUCAAGUUUCGAGAGAUAGAGAGAGAGAGAGAGCAAGCAAGGUGGGAUUUUUUUAUUUUUCCCCCAAUCUGAUUUUUUAUGUUCUAUUUUUUUCAUUAUGCAUAAAUAUACACAAAAAAAUGAUUAAUUGUUGAUUGUUCUCUAGCGAGAUUUUUGUUGAGAAGUCGAUUUAUUCAUCGAGUAAUUAUCUCUAGAUUGUUUUCUUCUAGCUCAUUGCUUUUAUUAGGGCAGUUUAUUGGGCUGAAACGAAUGGAUUUCUGAGCUUGGUUGUGUCCAAAUCCUCUCUCUCUCUCUCUCUCUCUCCAUUUUUAUCUUCUUCUGUUUCUGAAGGGUCUUGAUCGGGAGGUUUUUAGCUGUGGAUUAAUGUUAGGGUGAAUUUUGGAGGUAUAAUUUUUGUUAAAAAAAUGCUGAGGAAGAGAACUAGAUCACACCAAAAAGAUCAAAACAUGAAUAAUACAAUACCUGAUUCUAUGUAUAUUCACUCCGAUGAGAAGCGUAAAGAUAACUCCCUUUUGAAGGUUCCUGGCUUGUUUGUGGGAUUCAAUGCCAGGAGCUCAGAUUCUGAUUCAGUGAGAAGCCCCACUUCGCCGUUAGAUUUUAGGAUUUUUUCGAGUUUAGGCAAUCCCUUUAGGUGUCUAAGAGCACAGAAUGAGGGGCACCACAAGAGCUGGGAUUGUAGCAAAGUAGGUCUAAGCAUUAUAGAUUCUCUCGACCACGAGCUUGGUGAGACGGGGAAGAGCAUUGCCCGGCCAUCUGAUCAUAGGAAUAUUCUUUUCGGACGACAGAUGAGUGUUAGGAGCCCAACUUUUUGUUCUUUGGAGGCACCUAAGUCACUGCCUAAAGAUGUUGCUGUUUUCCCUAGCACCCUUGCUAAGCCAGCCAAUGCACGGAAGCGUGAUUCUGAUGUUGUGUUUGAGAUUGGGGAGGCCCCGUUCGAGCAGGAGGCUUCUGGAAGCUUUCGUGCUCGUUCGGUGGAUUCUGGAAGGUACGGAUCACACCUGACUAAUUUUAGGAACCUCAAGUCCAGGUUUGGGUCUGGCAGCUUCGGUGUUGAGAAUGCAACGAGCCCUGCUCGUUCGGGCGUUGGCAUGAGCCCUAGGCUGGGCAGCUCGAGUGGAGAGAAGCUGAGUCCACCCGGAAAUUGUUUUAUUAGUUCCAUUCCCGCGAGUGAGAUUGAGCUGUCUGAGGAUUACACCUGUGUUAGAACCCAUGGCCCCAACCCGAAGGUUACUCAUAUCUUUGGUGACUGCGUUUUAGAAUGUCACAACAAUGAUUUGACCGAUUUUUUGAAGAAUAGUGAAGGCGGUGGCGAGGCAACCACCACCCCUGAGGGACUAGGGCAGUGCGACGUCCUUCCUCCUUAUCCAUCCGAGGAUUUCUUGAAAUUCUGUUACUCUUGCAAGAAGAGGUUGGAUGGUGAGGAUAUCUUCAUGUAUAGAGGCGAGAAGGCGUUUUGCAGCUCAACUUGCCGCUCACAGGAGAUGGAGAUCGAUGAGGAGGACUCGUCUGAAAUCCUCUAGAGGCAGCUUGUUCGUACGAAACAACACUGUGGCCCAUGAAUGAUGAAACUGCAGUGCAGGUGCUCGUCUGUAUCUGAUCCUCUUUUAACUUAAGAGCUGUUUCUGUAUCUGUUUGCGGCCUUGGAUGAUCAUCGAGCGCGUGUGACCCUGCGCUGGAUAGUGUUUCAUCUCUCAUGGUGAUAGUGUUUGUGAGACAAAUAAGCUGUGUUUUGACUUAAUAUGCUAUAAUAAUAGGAUAGAAGAAAAGAGAAGAAAAGCUUUAUCUUGGUGAUGUUAUAAAGGGUAGUAGCCCUGUGUGUGUGGCUCUCCCCAAUUUUAUCACCUGCUUGAUGAAUUUUGAAUCGAUAUAAAUGGCUUUUCUGAGCAUAAA